AUGUCCCUUCCACUGCUGACUUCCGCUCCUGGCAAAGUAAUUAUCUUUGGUGAGCACUCGGCCGUGUUCAACGAGCCUGCGGUAGCUGCGAGCGUCUCUGCUCUAAGAACGUACCUGCUUGUCAGCGCAGCACAGGACCCUAAGGUCGUCGAGCUCGACUUUCCUGACAUCAAAUUUGACAAACAAUGGUCUGGUGAAGCUCUGGCCACGAUUGCUGCGGGCGUUCAGCCGGAGGCCGUCACGGACUCGCGCGAGCUAAACGCGGAUUUGAGCAAUGCCCUCGAGUCACUGCUGCAGCCGCUAAGCGGCUCGCUUCACUAUCAGGCUGCGUACUGUUUCCUGUAUAUGUACUUUAGCUUAUGCGGUACGCGUACAGGUGUCAAGUUCACGGUGAAAUCGAGUCUACCUAUCGGUGCGGGUCUUGGUUCGAGUGCGUCGCUCGCGGUGUGCCUCGCACUUGCACUUGGAAAAUUAGGAGGUCAUUUGAAGCAUGGCACAGAGUCAUUGACCAAGGAGGAGCUCGCUUUUGUCAACAAAUGGUCUUUCAUCGGAGAAAAGUGCAUUCACGGAACUCCUUCAGGCAUCGACAACAUGGUGGCCACUUACGGUAGCGCUGUUCUAUUUCAAAGGCUUCCUAGCGGCGAGACAAAGUCUGAGCAGAUUCUCUCUUUCCCCCAAAUACCCAUGGUGCUGACCAACACUCGGAUUCCGCGUUCCACUAAGGUGCUUGUUGCAGGCGUCAAAGAUUUGAUUGUGCGCCAGCCGGAGGUUAUGAAACCAAUUCUGGAAUCCAUGGGUGUUGUAGCUUCGAGCGGUGCCCAAAUUCUCUCUCAGCUUACGGACGCUAAUUAUGAGAGUCUCUGCGAGUUGGUACGAGUGAACCAUGGCCUUUUGGUUGCCCUCGGCGUGUCUCACCCCGGCCUAGAACUUAUCAAAUCAGUGGGUGAUUCAAUGAAUAUUGGCCACACUAAGCUCACUGGCGCGGGCGGUGGCGGGUGCGCCUUAACUCUCUUGAGCCGCGGUGCUAGGCCAGAAGAAGUUGAAAAGUUCAAGCGUACCCUUGAGUCCGAGCAUAAUUACAAAACGUACACCACGGGACUCGGGGGCCCAGGCUGUGGCUACAUAGCUCCAGAGCUGGUCCAGCAGAACUUCAGUAGUAUCGAACCUUUGUUCCGGAAGGACUCCACGGCCUCCGACCUGAACAAAGUGCUGCUCCCAAGUUCUGGAUCUUUCCAAUGGAUACACUAG